UGGUUUCUCAAUCGGAAACCAAAACAAGAGGAUUUGAAACCUGGUAAAACGUUCUCACUGUGCAGUCAAUUUCAUGAUGCGUCUUGUAUUCCCUUCCCCCUCCCCCUCAAUCAGGAGCAACUCUUACAAGCAUUAGAUUUUCGGAACCGGUAUUCCGCUCGUCCGUAUUUACCCUCGCACAUCCUGCCUCCUGAAAGGAAACAGGUUCUUUUGACAGAUGUCUUGGAAGUCAGAUGGCCUAGCCCUAACUCUCUUGAUGCAGUCAUAUGUCUGGAUAAUGGGAGUGUGAAGAUAUCCUCCUUAGAUGGUCAUGCCCACCUCUACAUGUCAGAAUUGCAGGAAGAUUUUACAGUGGAGUUCUUGUGCAAAGCUAGUCAGAAGCCUGCAAAAUCUUCGCUUUUCUCUGAAAAAAACAGCAAAAAAGAUCAGCAAGAAAUGUUAGAACAGCUGAGAUUGGAGAAUAAGAAAGAUGAAUGCAGUAUUGUAAACAAAUCCAGGAAACCAGCCCAAUCAAAGAACUACUUAAACCAAACAGAAGGAGGAGAUGAGGCCAAUUUAUCUCUGACAAGCUGUUCCUCUGACUAUGUCUGGGUUACACAGCACUGGUCUGUUUCCUCAUACCCAGAAGAGUGGAAAUACCCUUUGUCUUUGGCAUUAACAUUUUAUCGGCUGCGUGCUGAUAGCCUCCCAUCUAAAACGCAUGAGCAAGACAAAUACUCUCAGAACAAAACUGUAGAAUCUGAGCUUUUAAAGGAAAGUGAAAACAGCAAGGCAAUUUCUCAUUUGCCUGAAGCUUUACCACUCAGCUGUACUGCACCGCACCUACAUAGGUGGAUUUUCUGUGACUUUUUUCUACAGAAAGGGAAAAAUACUGAGCCAUGUUCAUACCCUCAACUAAUAAACAUUGUUUGGUGCCAAGGUAUUCUUUAUAGGUUUAUCCAAGAUAGUACAGACAUCAUAGAAAUUUAUCCUGGAGAUGGAUCAGUUUUCAAGUCACAAGGAACAUUACUGGGAAACUAUUUCACACACUAUUCAGUUCAGAAAGGAUCAAGACAGAGAGAAGAAAAGAUGUAUUCAGUAAGCAAUCUGCCCCCUGAUGUACCAGGAAGUCCAUAUUCUAUAAACUCCAUCAUUACGCAGGCAACCAGAAUUCUUCAGUACUGCUACAAGACUAAACUUUCUUUAAUACAUAACUACAGUAGCUGUUGUUGGAAUAUGAUACGAAAGACCGAGGGAUGGGAAACCUUGCCAGUUUUGUUGGAUGAAGCAGUUAUUCCCAAUGUAGGAAGACUGGUGGCAUAUUCGGAUAAUAAAGUGCAUGCUGUUUUUUGUGAUGGGAUGACCUUGACUAUGAUGUGGGAUUUUAACUUUUGUUAUGGAAAAACACAGCCAAAUAAAAAAACCCAAGAUGUCAGUUCUCAUUUUUCUCUUCUGAAGAUGAAUCAAGACUCUACUACAGGCUUGUGCAAGUUAACAACCCGUGAUGGGACACAGCAUCUAAUCCAGAUAAACAAUCCCGGCAUCUAUGAAAGGUACAUCAGAACAGCAGUAGCAUGGUGUAAAAGUGUGAAUGGAGAGAGAGGCACUCCUACAUGUGCUCCAAGCCCCAUUAUAGAGGAGAACUGGUCUGUUGCUGCUGAACUUGAAAAAAUACAGAGAUUUAACUUUUUACUGGAGAAUAGCAGAGUUCCAAGCAAGACUUCGGCUGUGAAAUGUGAUCUACCACGCAUUACCGACAGACUACCAGAAAACAUCAGCUUACCUGAAGAAAUUGAUAAAAACAACGUAUUGGAGGCUUUGGACAAAACUUCUAAAGCCAUCCAAGAUAUUGAAUCGUUCCUGUCCACCUCUGGGAAGUGAAGCUUGGACAAGGGCUUGAAAGACCUGCAUUAUUUAUGGCCUCUUGUCCUGUAGUCUCGUGUAUCCAGUGGUAGUAUUGGGUGGAACAAAAGAAGGAUCAGGCCUUAAAUGACUUUCGAAAAAGAACAGAAAAUUCAAUUUGACUUUUGACCAACUCCAAUCAUAGCAUUCAAGCCUGCUGGGCUGAGAGAGAGAAGAACACGCAAAUGAAAUUGUUUGUAAUUUUGUUUUAUGUACCGCGCUUCUUUUAUUAGCAGUUAAAUUGACAAUGUUUUGUACAUCAACGGAGGUUAUCAUAUAAAUAAAUGUUUUAAAUGAUGUAUUUGGUGGCGAAGGGAUUAGAUGGCCAGCCUCGUUCAGCAACAUUACCUUCUCAGAUGCCUGUUUGUUUUAAAAGUGAUUAGGCGGAGAAUCCCUGCCCUUAGUGAAGUAUUCUGACUGGACCUGGACGCGGUUUCAGAGUGCGUUUCUGUGAAUGAGGCAGGCGGGAUUCUCUGGGUAAAUCCGAUAUCUUGUAUCAGAGCAACUCCAAUAACUGGAACAGGUCUUUGUGGGCAGGGCAGGGCCGGCCACGGAGCGGUGACAGCGCUAGGCAAGAAAGCCAGUCAGGGAGAACGCACGUGCAGGUGACCCGGGCCGGGCCGGGGGGGGGAAUGAAUGGAUGAGGGUUUUCUGCAACGAAUAAUUUUCCCUGUUUUUUUGCGCCUGCUUCCCAUGGAGGACUUUUUUUUUCUUUAUUUUAACUCAAGAUGGUCUGGCGUGCUGGGGGGUGGUUUUGUCAUAAGCACGGGAAGCCCGGGGC